UAAAUUGAGCAAAAUGUAAACAUUUUAGAAACUUGAAGCUCGUCGUGGUGAAAAAUAAAUAUUAUUAAUAUAAUAUAUUAAGUGCGUUCGCGUGUGUGAAGCAGAAAUAGCAAAAGGAGACACAGCAGCACCAGCGAAUACACAGCGGUAUCCGACUAUCGCCGGCGACGCUUACAGCGACGCAAUGUAGAAAAUUGUCUCAAGAAUUGUCACACACUAACACGAAAGGGCCAGAAUCGGGGAGUCGCAUGCAAUUUGUUUUGUUAUUAAUUUUCCAAAUAAUAUCGGGCUUUGUGCUGCUUUUAAUUGUGAUACACUACAUCUAUUAUAUAAUCAAUGCGAUUGCCGGCGAUUCGCAUAGACAGCAGCAGCAGCAUCCACAGGAAGAACGGCCAAACAGAGGCGACACUUGCUGCAGUUUGUGCUGCCUAAGUGCCACCUGCCGCCACCCGCCCAGAACCACCACCACAACAACAACGGAAUUGGAUUUUGGUUUUCACAUUACAAAUUUGGCGAAAACCAAAUCCACAGAUAUGCAAACAAACGAUGACGCAAAGUUUAUUAAAAAGCGAUGGAAAGGCGGCUCCAUUGAGCCGCAUCCCACGGACAAGGCUCUGAUUGUCAACUAUCAGCUGGAGGCAACGGUAUUUGGGGAGCCCAACAAUCCAAUGAUUGAGGAGAAGAAGCACUGCCAGAAAAUCAUCAGGCUUCGCUCGCUGAAUACCAAAACCGAUCCGGCUGCCUUGGCCCGCGAGGUGGUGGACAAAUGCGAUCUAAUACACAAAUCGCAGCUAAACGAUGUCGAACAGAUCAUAUUCUAUCUUAAGAAUCGGAAGGACAAUGCAAGCAAUGACAUACCCGACAACAAUACACACAGCCGCCGGUCGGCUGCCUUGCAUAACUCGCAUACACGCUCUUCGGCCCGUUCCCAUAGCAGUGUGGCCGCCAUGUCCAGCAGUGGCACGGGCACUGUCACUGGCACUGGCACUGGCACUGGCAGCGGUGGCGGUGGCGGUGGCUCAUCCAUUACAAAUGGCAGUGGCAAUGCUUUGGCCGCUUCUACGCCCACAGCGGAUGUGUCCAUCAACAAUAUUGACGAGUAUGUGGAGCUGCUGUACGAGGAGCUGGGCGAACGCAUACGCGGCUCGGCCAUGAUCCUGCAAAUGGCACGAAAUCCCGAUAACCUAGAGGAGCUGGAAAAGAAUGAAGCCUGCCUAAGUGCUUUGUCGCGUGUACUACGCGAGGACUGGCGUAAGAGUCUUGAUCUGUCGACGAACAUCAUCUAUAUCUUCUUCUGUUUCUCCACCUACACCAAGUUCCAUCCACUUAUAGUGCAGUACAAGAUUGGCUCUCUGUGCAUGGAUGUGAUCGACUAUGAACUGAGACGCUAUGAGACCAUGAGGAAUGAGCUGGAUGUGCGCAAGCAGCCGAAUGGCUCCUCCACACCGCAUUCGGCAAAGACCAGCAAGGAGAAGCUGAAUCGGAGCACAGAUGAUUUCUUGGACAUCAUGAACGAGGAGAAGCCCAAGGAGAUGGAGCCACCGCGUCGACGCAUUCCCGAACUGAAGCAGCGUCCCAAGUCGGGCAACUGGAGUAGCUUUCAUGGCUCCAUGUCCUCGUCCCUAAUCAAGAGUCAAAUCCUGAACAGCAGCUAUCACGAGGCGCUGUGUGCAGGCGCCGGCGGGGGAGGAGACCCACCCAGCACUGUGCCAGCCGAAUUGAAGGCCCAGAGCAACGAGUCGCUGGAUCGUAACGAUCCAAAGGUGAAAAAGGAGGAGAUCGAUCGCCUGAACAAACAGCUAAAGAUCUUUGCCAAGAAGCAGGAGCAGCUGCUGCGUGUCGCCUUUUAUCUGCUGCUGAAUAUGGCCGAGAAUGUGAAGCUGGAGGAGAAGAUGCGACGCAAGCAUAUUGUCAAGAUGCUGGUCAAGGCGCUGGAUCGCCAGAAUAUCGAUCUGCUGAUGCUUGUGAGCACUUUCCUCAAAAAGCUGUCGAUUGUCGGCGACAACAAGGAUGAGAUGUGCUCGCUGAAUAUUGUGGCGAAGCUGCCGCGCCUGUUCCAGAGCACGCACACGGACCUGGUACAGGUCACCCUCAAGCUGGUCUUCAAUCUCUCCUUCGAUGGGGGUCUCAGGCGCAAGAUGAUUGCCGCCGGCUAUCUGCCCAUGCUGGUUAUGUUCAUCAACGAUGAGAAGCAUCAUGGCAUUGCCGUCAAGAUCCUCUAUCACAUGAGCCUCGACGACAAGGUGAAGGGCAUGUUCACGCAGACGGAAUGCGUCCAAAUGGCCACCGAUGCGAUCAUUCUCAAUCUGAAUGUGAAGGUAGAUCUCGAUCUGAUUGCCCUCUGUAUCAAUCUGUCGCUGAAUCGCCGCAAUGCCCAGAUCAUGGUCGAUGGCCAGCGUCUGCACAGCCUCAUGGAUCGUGCGUUCAAGUAUCAGGAUGCCUUGCUAAUGAAACUGCUGCGCAAUCUGUCGCAGCACGAGUCCCUGCAGCUACAGUUCAUUGACUAUGUGGCCGAUCUCGCUCGCAUCCUAACCAUCUGCGACGAUGAGGCGUUUAUUGUCGAGUGUCUUGGCAUAUUAGGGAAUCUAUCACUCACCGAUCUUGAUUAUUCGCAAAUACUGCAGAACUUCCAGCUCAUACCAUGGAUCAGGCAGCUGCUAGUUCCCUCCUCGCGUCUCGAUGAUUUGGUGCUCGAUACGAUCGUGUAUCUGGGCACCUGUGCCUGCGACGAAUUGUGCGCUCUGCUCUUCUGUCGGGCCAAGGUGGUCAUCUCAUUGAUCGAGCUACUGAAGGCCAAGCAGGAGGAUGACGAGAUUGUCCUACAGAUUAUCUAUGUAUUCCAGCAGAUCUUAAGGCACGAGAGCACGCGCGAAUACAUGAUCAAGGAGACCGAAUCGCCCGCUUAUCUAAUCGAUCUCAUGCACGACAAAAACGAGGAGAUACGCAAGGUGUGCGAUUACUGUUUGGAUAUUAUUGCCAUCAGCGACACCGAAUGGGCCAAGCGGAUCAAGCUGGAGAAAUUCCGCAAUCAUAACUCGCAAUGGCUGUGCAUGGUGGAGUCGCAACAAGAUCGGGAUAACGAGCAGGACUAUGCCGAUCAGGAGGAUGAGUGCGACAAUGAUUUGGAUACGUAUCUGCGUUCCGAAUACUUGGACAAUUGCGAUCUCUACAAUAAUGACUUGAAUGGCGACAAUGACAGCAAUAACAGCAACAGCAAUAACAGCAACAACAAUCCGGCCAGUCCGGCCAUGUCCACCUACAGCAGGCCACUCAGCACCUAUCGACGCAGCCAGGAUCUCGAUGAGCUGUACAAUAUGACCUCCAGCUCCAAGUCCCAGGGCUCAAGCGACAACAAUUUCAUGUUUAAAUCAAACAAAUCCCUGGACACUGACGGCCUGCAUGAGGAGCUGCUAAUGGCAUAGAUCCCCGACUGGGGCCCCCAAUCGAACAAAUUUAUAAAUGCAAUUCAAUUCAAUUUCAAGAAGCUUUCGCUUAGACCCCGUGUAAAUGUUUAGUCACCAAACCGCGCCCCCAGGAGCUGAGCCGAGCAUCAAACUAUGCUUGCUACAGAUUGCUGCCUGGCGCAGCUGUGGGGAACCUAUUUAUAUUGAAGAUAUAUAUUUAUAUUAUAUAUUUUCCACGCUUGUUGGUCGUUUGUCGUUGGACGUUAAAUAAUUUUAGCGGCAAGCGGCGCCACACACAGGACAGCCAGAAAGACACGAACAAACAAGUAAUCGUAUUAAUUACAUCAUACUAUUAUUAAUUGUUUAUUUGUUAUUUAUUUAUACUUAAUUUAUUGAUGCCUUGUAUUAUUACACUGAUGAUCCUCAAUCCUCGUUUACCCUACGUCAAUCCCUAAACCAAUAAUUGUGCAAUAAUCUCUGCCACCCGCACUCAAAAGUAUUAUGUGCAACUUUCUUUUAGUUGAAUUUUUAAUUUAGUCAUUUUUA